UACUCCCCGCUGCUGAAGAAACUCUACUGUCAGAUUGCAAAAACAUGCCCCAUCCAGAUCAAGGUGUCCACCCCCCCGCCCCCGGGCACCAUCAUCCGGGCCAUGCCCGUCUACAAGAAGGCAGAGCACGUCACCGAAGUGGUGAAACGCUGCCCCAACCACGAGCUCGGCCGCGACUUCAAUGACGGCCAGUCAGCCCCAGCCAGCCACCUCAUCCGGGUGGAAGGCAACAACCUCUCCCAGUACGUGGACGACCCCGUGACGGGAAGGCAGAGCGUGAUGGUGCCCUACGAGCCCCCGCAGGUGGGGACCGAGUUCACCACCAUCCUGUACAACUUCAUGUGCAACAGCAGCUGCGUGGGAGGAAUGAACAGGAGGCCCAUCCUCAUCAUCAUCACCCUGGAAACGAGAGACGGCCAAGUCCUAGGGAGGAGAUCGUUCGAGGGACGGAUCUGCGCCUGUCCCGGCAGGGACCGGAAAGCUGAUGAAGACCAUUACCGAGAGCAGCAAGCCCUGAACGAGAGUGCAGCUAAAAACGGCAAUGCCAACAAACGCACGUUCAAGCAGAGCCCCCAGGGCAUCCCAGCGCUGGGGGCCGGCAUUAAGAAACGGAGGCACGGGGAGGAGGAGAUGUAUUACGUGCCUGUGCGAGGCCGGGAAAACUUUGAGAUCCUGAUGAAGAUAAAGGAGAGCCUGGAGCUGGUGGAGCUGGUCCCGCAGCAGCUGGUUGACUCCUACCGG